AUGCUGGUUACUCCUGUGGUUAAAUUCCUCAAUGAACCCGAAAUUCUCAUUGUUCCUGAUCGUUCCCUCUAUGAAAUUCCGUUUGCAGCAUUAAAGGAUGAAAAUGGAGAAUACUUGUCCGAGAGAUUUAGAAUCCGCAUUGUACCUUCGUUGAUGACUCUUAAACUCAUUCAAGACAGUCCAGCAGAGUAUCACAGUCGGUCUGGGGCACUGAUUGUAGGGGAUCCUGAUGUUGGUCGCGUAUUGUACAAGGGAACUGUUUGUAACCCGAUCAGAUUACCUAGCGCAGCAGAGGAAGCAGAUUUGAUUGGACAACUGCUCGGAGCUGAGCCUUUGUUAGGACAACAAGUAACAAAACAGGCGGUAGUUCAAAGGAUAAAUUCAGUAGGCCUGGUUCAUUUCGCUGCCCAUGGCAAUGCUGAAACAGGAGAAAUUGUUUUGGCUCCUCCGCGCCCCACCACAGGGACUCCGCAGGAAGAAGACUAUUUGUUAACAAUGACGGACAUUUCACAAAUUCGACUACGAGCCAAACUGGUAGUCCUUAGCUGUUGUCACAGCGCACGUGGAAAGAUAAAAGCUGAGGGAGUGGUUGGAAUUGCUCGAGCUUUUUUAGGGUCCGGUGCCCGCUCAGUGUUGGUAACCCUGUGGGCCAUAGAGGACGAAGCGACAUUGCAGUUCAUGAGUCGUUUCUACGAGCACCUUGUUCGUGGGGAAAGUGCCAGUGAAUCUCUUUACAAGGCUAUGAAGUGGAUGAGAGAAAAUGACUUCUCUAAUGUGCGGCAAUGGGCACCUUUU